AUGCAUCACUUUGCUACUCAAACUAUUGGAGUUCUUUUCCCUCUUGCCCCGCCUGUCUUUGGUCAGACAUUGGUGGCCACUGCGGUAGAAACGCCGCACCUUCUUCAUGCGCUUCUCGCAGCUUCGUGUAGUCAUCAUGCUCGACUUGUCAAGGAAACGUCAACUAGUCAGCGGACAAUCCUAAAAUUUACGGACCUCGCAAUUACGGGUCUCCGUGCUGCCCUGUCGGAUCCUACCGAGACUCUCAAGCCUCAGACCGCCAUGACGGCGAUGAUUUUAUGUACCAAUGAUGUGUGUAAUGGCAAUGCACGGACUUGGAAGGUCCACCUGUCUGGAGUAAUGCGAUUACUUACCCCCUUGCUUGAGAGGCAGAGUACAACUGACGGUGAUAUUGAUCCAUUUGUUUUGUGUCUUCUCAAGUGGUUCGCUACUCUCGACAUCCUAGCGGGUCUCUCAGGUACACAUGAAGGAUGCGUCAACGAUGGUCAGUACUGGAACCUGACUCGGAGUCCCAGUUGUGGUAUUGGCCAGGUUGAUGAGAUCUGUGGCUACUCAACCGAACUAAUGCCCCUGCUGGCGCGAAUCGGACAGUUGGCGCGACGAAACGUGCAUGAACAGUCAAUCUUUGAAAUCUUCACAGAGUCAUCCUCUACCCUUUCCGAGGAAUUGACAGAUGAGGCACAAGAUCUCGAGAGAAAAAUCAUCUCCAUUGCCAACCAGUCUCCGUCCGCGGCCACACUCGCGUCCCAUGAUCAAGUUCUCGCGUCCGAACUGCACAACACACAUCUCGCCUUCAUCCACUCCGCACUUUUGCACCUUUAUCGUCGAGUUGAAUUGCUUCCCAAAAGUCAUCCCAAGUCCAGGGCACAGGUCGCGGCCAUCCUCGACAACGUCCAGAUAAUCAGACCAUUCUCACCGGCAAACGUCCUCAUCCUGUGGCCCAUUUUCAGCGCCGGUUGUGAGACCGAUGAUCUUUGCGAACGCCAAUCUAUCCAAACAAGGAUGUUGAAUAUGCAGACCAUGGGUAUGGGGAACUUUACUAGAGCAAGGGAUGCUCUUGCUCGUUACUGGGAGUUGGGAGCACCCUCGCGCUGGGAUGUCUAUUUUGCACAGUCUGGCUUGGAACUUGUCCUCUUUUGA